UGCACCGUGCGCCUCGCCCAUGUCUCAGUCCGCUCCCAGCUCGGACAUCAAGAGGGCUUUGGACAGCAGCCCUGAGGCCAACACUGAGAAUGACAAGACCGAGGAGGACGUGCCCAUGCCCAAGAACUACCUGUGGCUCGCCAUCGUCUCGUGUUUUUGCCCCGCGUACCCCAUCAACAUCGUGGCUUUAGUCUUCUCCAUCAUGUCUCUGAACAGCUACAAUGAUGGAGACAUCGAAGGAUCCAAGCGGCUUGGGAGGAAUGCCAAGUGGGUGGCCUUCGCCUCCAUCAUUAUUGGCCUUCUCAUCAUUGCUAUUUCUUGUGCAGUUCACUUCGCACGAAAGGCCUGAGCAGCCAGCAGCCAGCAUGGAGGACGGACCUCAUCCACACACACCCCAAAGGAGUUUCUGAGGAAUGGAUCCUUGACUUCAGACUGUGAGAUCUUUUCCUCCAGGACUCUCCCUGGCAAAUGAACUAAA